AUGGCUUCCCUCUCGCCGGUCAAAGCGACGACCACCACUGGCAAGACGACGGCGUCGCUGGCGGCGACGGACGACGCGGUGUGCGACUGCCCGCUGCGCCGCCACAAUGUGAGGGUCAUCGGGACCGGCAAGACGACGCUGCUGCUGUCGCACGGCUUCGGCACCAACCAAAAGAUCUGGGACGGCGUGUUAUCGCACCUGGACCUGCAACACUCCUUCCGCGUGGUCCUCUGGGACCUCAUGGGCGCCUUCAGCACGCCCGCCGCCUCCUACGACUUUCAGCGCUACGGCUCGCUGUUCUCGCACGCGGACGACUUACUAGAGGUACUGGAGGAGCUGGUGGAGCAGGGGAUGCUGGGCCAAGACGACGGCGUGGUGUGUGUGGGGCACAGUGUCAGCGGCAUGGUGUCGCUGCUCGCGAGCCUUGAGCGGCCCGGCGCGUUCCGACGGCUGCUGCUGCUUGGGUCCUCGCCCAGGUACCUCAAUGAUCCACCCACAGGCUACAUGGGCGGGUUCAACCCCCCAGACCUGGAUCAGAUCUUCCUGGCCGUGAGGGAGAACUACAUUGCGUGGGUGUCGGGCUUUGCGCCGCUCAUGGUGGGGCGGGACAUCAGCAGUCCGGAGGUGCGCGAGUUCAGCGAGACCAUGCUGCAAGUGCGCCCGGAUAUCGCUCUCAGCACGCUCCGAACGGCGUUUCAGUCUGACUUCCGGCACCUCCUGGGACGGGUGUCAUGCCCAGUGACGGUUCUAUCCACAGGGGUUGACGCUGCAGUGCCAGUGCAAGUGAGUGAGUACCUGAGGGAGGCCAUACCUGGCGCGUGCAUGGAGCUGCUACCCACGCAAGGCCAUCUCCCCCACCUCACCCACCCUGCUGUUGUCGCCCAAGCCAUCCAACGCCACGCUUCUGCGCCGCUGUGA